UCAGUCAACACAGAAUCGACCUGUAGUCCUUACCCAAGUUAAUACAACUGGAGUCCGCUUUGUCAACAGACUUACAUUAAAAACUAUGGAUCUUUCGUUCCCAAAGACCACUAAUCCGUGUACCAAAAUAGCAAAAAGGGUAACAGCGAGCAAAUACGAUGUAGUCUCCGUGAAGACCCUGCUGAUGUUUAUAAACAGCAAACUGGAUUGCCAAUUGCGGGGCAUUGGGGAUCUUAAAACAGGAGCUGUAUACUGCCAACUGAUGCACAGACUCUUCCCCGAGUCGAUACAAAUUCAAAAGGUCAAGUUUUAUACGAACGCCAUCGUCGACUUCCAGUUAAAUUACCGGUUACUGAACAAUUGCUUUGAAAAACUAAGUGUAACGGUUUAUAUGCCGGUGCAUGAGUUAACUUUGGGACAAAAUCAAGUGGUCUUCUGCAAUUGGAUGUACAAGUUCUAUGAAGCGAACGACAAUGGGAACGAAUACGAUGCCAAAAAGGUAAGGAAAGGAUCACCAAUCGGGCUCGACAAUCGGGCCUGUUCCUCCAAUCGAAGCAGCACCUAUUCUAUUCACAAAUGUCAGUCGUUGGUCUUUAAUUAUGGCAAAAAACCCGCCAGAUUCGAGAGGCAAAACAGCCUUGAUGCUCUAUCAUCUAGACCGGGCAUCUUUAAGAGUAUUCGGCGGGAGAAUCCAGAACCACAGCAGAGAAAGAAUAUCGAAGAGCCCUCGCAAUUCCUUGCCGAGAGCAAGCACGUUUCUCUGCCUUCGGAUAGCGAAGAUGAGUUGGAACUAAAAGCCCGAAGACGAUAUUUGCUAGAUCGGUUUUUGAAAAUGCCCCCUAAGAGAAAGAAUGAUGAGAUGACUGACACAGUCGCACCGUCAAAAACCUCGGAGAUUCCAAUACCAAAGCCAGAAAUCAGGCAAUUAAAGCGUAAAUACGCUCUAUGCGACAAGUAUGAGCAGGACACAAAGGAUCGGCGAUCCAAUCUUGGUUCCAUCGAGAAACUACAAUUACAGUUACAAAACUUACAGAUUGAUAAGGAAAGGCUGGGCAACAAGUUGUCAAGUGUGGAGUCAAUAUUAAAGAAAUGCGCUUUUAAUCCAGCAAAAGCUGUUCUGAACUUAAACAAAUUGAUAUUGAACAACCAUCCUCAAACGGCAAGAGUGCAUCCUCUUAAAACGGAUACAGUUAAUGAUGAAGGAUUAACCACGAAAGAAGAAUUCAAGUCUUGCACGGAAUUUUCUCGUCAGGAGUUAAAAUACUGCAAUACGACGAGCCUAAGUUCGGAAGACGAUGAGCACAUACGAAGUUGCAAACUAAGGUUAGGAUAAGCCUAAAGGUUCGAUGCAAAUGUUGCGCUGGAGCGUCCAAUUUAUAACCCUCGAAAGUACGUAUCUAAACUUUAAAUGGCAGUGGAAGAAUUACCCCAUCGGAUACUAUUUUGAUUUUCAUACUUAACCUUAUGAAAAAAUAAAUAUUGAAAAAAAAGUGGCUGCAAAAUUUCGUUCCAAAUGAA